AGCAAAUUGAAUUCGAAACCUGACUGGCUUUGGUGGCGCAUGAAGGCGCUGUUUGCCCCUCCUUUACAAAUUCUUGGCCCCUACUAUGGCUCAAGCAAAGGUGAGCGGCCAGGCUUGCUCCUCCUCUUGCUGCCUCUUCAGGCAGCCCCUCUCGAAACAACAUGGUCUUCUAGAAAACACUUUUUGUGUGGGCGUGAAUUAUCUAAGAGCCCCACGUCUGCUGGGGCUUUGCAGAACUCUCGGCAAAGACUGCCGCAUCUGUGUUGAUUCUUGGGUUGCGCCAGUGUCUGUCAGGGCGUAUUCUUCUAGUACAGUGUCUCAGGCCACAAGUGGCGGAGGGGUAGAAGUCAGCAUUUUGAACAAGAAGGACAGGGGUUUAGGGGAAUCACCCCUCGCUGUAGAAAGUUCUCCGAACGAGGCAGUCACUGGGUCAGCCGGAGCUGAGCACGAGCCUUCUGGAAAGACCGAAGUAGAUUAUGAGGCCGCUCUGAACGACGUUUUAGCUCGUCUAUCAGACGACUCUGGCGCUCCCUUCAGUCCAGACUGGCAGGCCGGGGUUUGGUUAGCACCAAAAACCAGGGUCAAGGCUUGGUCAAAAAAUGGUGUGGAAGGGACCAGGCGGUGGCGGAGGCCGGGGACUGCUGAACAGGAGCGAGGCGCUGACUCAGCGCAGCAGGAAUUGCUGAGCAAGAAUGGGGAACUAGAGGCGGUUUCAGACGGAGCGGAGGAACUAGGGGAGGGGAGGGUUGGGCAGACCAUAAGCGGUGAGGUUGGGACGAGCGGGUCUGAGGAAGAGGGUGGCGAAUCAGAGCCUGCAGGGAGAGUAGAUAAGACACGGGACGUGUGGAUAAGGCCGGGGUCUACUCUUGCGCACAGCCGGCUGCCGGAGCAGAUGGCUGCAGCAAAAGCUAUACCUAGAAAGGCACAGCUUAAGGGAUCCUCAAGCGGUGAAAUAGAGAACGGGAGUUCGGGCUCUUUGAAUUCUGAGUUGCAGGAUGGGGUUGCUAGUGUUGUUUUUGAGGCCAGUCGGACACCGGACAGUGGACGGAGGGCGGCGGUGCGAGGGCCACCAGUGGUAAAAAGUGGAGAAGGACGGUUUAAGGUGGAAAGUUCGAAUGCGUUGCUUAGGAUUGGUGGCACGAAUCCAUUGCGGGAAGUAGAAACAGCGCCCUUACGGAAAGAGAGUAGGAUAAGUAAUUUGGACAGUGGCGCCAUCGAUGCUGCAAAGUCUACCGAAGGGGAAGAGUUGGUGAAACUAGGCGCGGCAGAUGGUGCGAAGGUGUCCGAAGAGGAGCAGGCCCUGCAACUAGGUAUGGAGGCGCUGCAGGCGACCAAUGAGUGGCUUCGCACGGGCGCAAAGGCGCCCGAAGCAGGCCUGGAACGCAGUGUGAACCAGCGGAUAAAGCGAACCCCCCGGAUGUUUAAUGUCCAGGGGAGGGAGCAGCAGGGGGGGAUCAGAGUAAGGCCCCGGAUACCGGGCAGAAGACUGAGCGAGUCUAGGGAAGAAUUGAGCAAAAGUGAGUCGGGAGUGGGGGAGUUGGAGGGGGCAAGGAAACUAGAGCGGACGGAAAGUUCGCCGUUGGAAGCUGCGAAGGAGGUGGUCGUGAAGGUCGCGUCAGCAGCCGCCAUUGCGGCAGGGCAGAUCAAAACGCCUGCUUUCCCUAUGGGAACGCCGCCGAAGAAGCUCAAGAUCAACCUGGAUCUAGACCUCUACCGAGCUCGGAAUCUUGUGUUCAAGCGUCAAUUUACGCAGGCUGAGAACAUCUUUUACAAGUGCAUCAAGGACUUCCCAGAAGACGGCCGGGCGUACUGCCAGCUGGCAAAGCUUCUGGAGCGGCGUGGCGAACUAGACACGGCGCGCGAGAUGUACGAGAGCGCCGAGGCGGCGGCCAAGGGGGAGAACGCCUAUGUGUGGCAGAUGUACGCCGUUCUGGAGGAGCGCGCGGGGAACCUGAGCAAGGCGCGCAAGCUGUUUGACGCCGCUCUAGUUGUGGACAAGGAGCACGCGGCCGCGUGGCACGGGUGGGGGAAGCUGGAGAAGCGGGACGGGAACCUGGUCAAGGCCAAGAGCCUGUUCCUGCGGGGGCUCAAGAACUGCCCCACCAAUGCGUACCUCCAUCAAGAGCUCGCGCUGAUCGAGAAAGAGGCUGGAAACGCCGCCCAGGCGCGUGAGUACUUCGAGAAGGGCACGGGGUACGCGCCGCGGUCGGCGGCACUCUGGCAGGCGUGGGCGCUGCUCGAGGCCGAGUGCGGGAACGCAGCGAAAGCAAGGGAGUUGUUUCAAAAGGCCAAGGAGGUAAGCCCGCGCAGCGGUCCCGUCUACCUGGCCUGGGCGCUGUUUGAGGCGGAGUGCGGCGAAACGAAGGCGGCCCUCGAGCUGUUCGAAACGGGCCUGGCGUAUCGUCCACGAGACGUAGUUCUCAUGCAGGCCUUUGCGCGCUUUUUGUACGACGAGGGCGACCUUGCGCGCGCGCGCCUCCUGUUCCGGCGGGCCACUCUCCUGGAUCCACGUCACCAGCCCAGCUGGCAGGCGUGGGCGAUUAUCGAGUGGAAGGAAGGGAACGUGCCCAAGGCGCGGGAGCUCUUCCAAAAGGGCGUCUGGGCGGCGCCCGGGAACAACGCUGAUGUCGUCAAAGUGUUCCAGGCGUGGGGCGUGUUGGAGGAGCGGCAGGGCAAUCUGACUGUUGCACGCGAGUUGUAUAAGUGCGCGCUCAAGGCCGACCCAACGAGCGUCCUCACUUGGGAGUCGUGGGCGCUGUUGGAGGAACAUGUGGGGAACAUUUUCCGUGCGGACGAGCUCCGGCGGCUGUGCAUGCAGCAGCAAACGGAAGUCGUUUCCGUCGACCUGAGCCUCACGGAGGUGCUCGCGCCGGCGUUUAGCAAGAUCAAAGAGUGGUUCAAUUUCAAGGACAAGAUACCGCUUGACAAGCAGAUUCGCGCGUCGAGGGUUAGGGUUGAGGACGAUUGAAACCAGGUUUGAGUCGGAAAUACUGUUGCCUCGCUUGGCUGCGGGGGCAGCACCGUCCGCUCCUCGAAAGUGGACGGCAGUCUUGCUAGUGACUCUUAUACAAGUACAAUCUGAUGGUUGCUUCACACGUGUGUGACUCGAAGGCUUUAUGGGCAUGUUUCAGCUC